AUGCUGUGCAUCACGCUGCUUUCAGGGGCAGAGAUUGCACACGUUCCCCUUGCGGAGCUGGCUCAUGUGAAGGCCUUGAAGCAGCACUUGCAUGAGCAUCACAGCCUGCCGCCGCGCUUUCGGCAAAGACUUCUUCACGAGGGCAAUGCGUUAGAUGACUCCGUCACGCUGGACUCGCUGCUCCCAGAGCAGCGUCCGCCACCAUGCAGGCAAAGGCUCUCCAAAUCCAGCACUCCCAUGCCGACUUCAGAUUCUUCAGCACCAGAGCAGUGCCAGGGGUGUCCGGCGGACUCGCAAGAGCCACCAAAGACAGCCGAGGAAGUACCAGCUGCUGCAGAUCCACUCCCAGCCGCUACUUCCCCGACUACACCCUCACCUUCUUUGGGUACGGCUUGUGUGUCAGUCCUCGGCCAUGAUGCACUGGACGAGAGUGCGCAAACCCCACCAGACAAUGCCAUGGCUGCUCAGGGUAGAGGGAGAAAGCGUGUGGCAGAAGGGAGCACUCACUUCGACAGAGAAGCCUCCGUGCAAGUGCUAUUGUUGCCAUUCUGCGAAGCUUCGGAUAGGGAAAGGACCGAGAUUUGCAAUGCGGCAUACGACGGUGUCCUGUCCAAGGUGGAAUAUUUUCUGCAGCUCCCUAUGGACCCGGAUACUACAAAACUGGGUGGAGAUACUGCGCUGAUGUGCGCAUGUGAAAACUGCCGCAUUGAUGUUGCCGAGCUGCUCCUUGAAGCGGCAGCUCAGGUGGAUUUCCGCAACAGUCUGGAGAAGACUGCGUUGAUGAUCGCUGCACAGGAGUACGGGUGUGCUCCAGUGGUACAGUUGCUCCUGGCCUCCCGAGCUCAGGUGGACUUGCGUGGUGGCAGCUUUGGCAGGACGGCGCUGAUGUGCGCGGCAUUCAACGGUCAUUCUCAAGCUGUGAAGUUGCUUCUCGAUGCUAGGGCUGAGACGAAUUUGCGUGACACUCUGGGCAAAACCGCACUGUCUUAUGCGAACCUGUUUCGCGACCAUGCAACUGCGCGAUUGCUGGAAGCCGGCUCUUAG